CCAACAAUUGCUUCAUCAAACUUCAGCACACCAUUCUACUUACACUUCACAUCCAAAGCUGCAAUUUCCACUAAGACAACACCCCAGAACCAAUUGACUACCUCCACAAUGCCUGCUAUCCCCACCUCCACCUUUGUCAGCGAAUCUGCCGUCAUCGACGCACCCUUCAGCGAUGUCUGGCACCUGAUCAAGCUCCAGGACUUCAGCAAGUUCUGGUCGAAGCUCGAGAAGAGCGAAUUCGUCAAGGGCACUUCUCCCGAGACCGACGUUGUCCAGUGGACGUUCAAGGACGGCCAGACCCUUGAGGUCAAGCAGGAGGAGCACUCCAGCAUCGACCACUUCAUCACCUACUCCGUCAUCUCUGCUAAGCCUGAGCUGAGCUACACCUCGGUCGUUUCUACCAUCCGCGCAUACCCCGUCACCUCCGGCAAGCAUGAGGGCCAGACCUUCAUCACCUGGACUGGCAACUUCUCUUCGGACGCCGAUGCUAGCGUCAUCCAGGAUGCCAAGUUCAAGCGCCGCGAGGCCCUCGACGACCUCGCCAAGGCCGCCUCGAAGUAAUAGAUAUCUGGACGCGUUUGAGGGAUUGAGGACAAGGAAACAUCACGACAUCGACAUGUGUCUGUCUCCAAGAGGAGGUUUACCCGUCCAGUCUGCAAUGAUAAGAAUGAAUGAAAUCAAUAUUGAUCAC